CAAUUUUAUUCUGUGGACACUUCUUUCUGGUGAAAUUACUGCAAGCUUGGCAGUUCGUAAUUCGUAUUCGAAUAACUCUGUUAAGAAAGGCAGCAGUUCUGAGAACACCACGUUUUGAGUUUUCGACUGUUCUUCAGCCAGAAACUUGCAAUGCUGUGAUCUUAAUUUAGUAUGCAAAAACUGUCAUAAACCUAGCUUGAAGCCCUUGAACCAACUUGAACACAACUAUUUUGUAUAUGUUAUCUGUUUGAAAUGAGGUUUUAAAUACUUAAGACAUGGAUUUUACAUUGGAAGAAAUUCGUUGUAUUCUGGAAGAGAUGGGUAUAAAAAACGUUCCAGAAAAUCAUCUCAAACACUUUGCCAAAGAUUUAAAACAUUUGAUGAAGCACGAAAAGCAUGUUCAGAAACGAAAGAGAGCUCUAGGUGAAACUGCUGUUCAAGCUCCAAGACCUACCAACAUUCUACCCACAUCAAAGUUGCCAGAGAGAACUCCACCCAGCACUUCACCAACCAUAUCCCAACCAAUGACAAGACCCACCACCAGUUUCUAUCCUCCUCACCAACAGGGGAAUUGUAAUUUGGGUACUGGUAAAACAUUACCCACAGAAGGCACAUCUAAUGAUGUUAAAAACAGAGCAACAAUAAAAUCUGCACCAGCAGCCACUAAUGCUGCUUCUAAAGCUGAACAUGACAAAGCAAAGCUUGAGGAAGCAAGAUGGAAGAAACUCAAGACAGAUCCUGUGAGACUUUACGGAUGGUAUAAAACACACUGGGAAUUUCAUGGACUUGAUUAAUUGAAAAUAAUUUUUGAAAAUUCAAUAGCUAUAUAUUUGGAAAAAGAAGAAAAAAUAGGAUGCGUGCUUGUGCGGUUUAAAUCGUCACCUUUUUAGCGAGACCAAUCGCGAGCAAAAGUGAAACGUAGAGCCCGAGGAACAAAACAAAUUUGUAACGCUCUAUGAAACUCGUAACUUUAACUUUCUUCGCUUUAGGUCUUGUAUAUACUAGGAAAUAACGUGGGCGGACGAGCUCGUUAUUGGUCACGAGAAUAUACUUGUCCGGAAUCACGGAAUCAGCUGCUGAUGGUCUCGAACCUUUUGGUGUAAAUUAUUCGUUAUUAAUAAACGUUGCACGAAA